AUGAUCAGUCAGUCGGGAGUUGUGCAGCCGGUAGGUCGUUGCUCCAGGAUUUUAAGGCAGAUUCGGAAGAAAGUUCUGCCAAAGUGUUUUAAUAUAUCCAAAAAUCUUCUAGUAGCUGCAUUUUUUGGGCAAACUAUCGGCUGGUACGAGAGUUUUGAUAAGUCAAGAAUUCCAAAAGACCGAAUCAGCAAGAUGGCACAGGAGACGAAGACCGUGGCGGCAGCCAAAGACCAGAACCAGCGAGACCAUAUCGACGAGGAAGAAGUCAUCGAACUCCACAAGUCACGCAGCUUUUACGAUCGGGUUCGCGAACAGGCGGAGCGAUUUGCCAGCACGCGAGUUGGCCAAUUCGUGAUCGAACGGGGCGAUAAAGCGCUGGCGAUGAUCGAGGAUACUGCCAAGUGGAGUCUUCCGCAAGACAAGUCUUCUGCUCCCUUGGAACGCCCCCUGCCUUGGGCUCCAUUCCUGAUGCUCAUCGUCCUGCUGCGGCUCACACGCAUUUGGUUAUCUGUUGGCGCCCUGAUGAUCGGCAAUGGUCCAAUAUCUCCCACGGAUAUGGUCUACUUUAUACAGACUAGACGCCGCAAGCUGCGGGCCAUUCGGGUUCAUGGCCUAAAGGUGAUGAGACGGCGCCAGCAGGAGGUGUCCUACGGCAGUGGCAAAGGUAUGACCCAGAAGCUCAAUCAGUGGUUUUCCCGAGCCAUGUGCCGUCCAGGAGUUCAGCAGGAUAGCAGCAGUCGCCGUGUGUUUGUUCGCCAUUCGGAGCAGGGUCUAAGCAAUUCCGUGGUUAAGCGCCCUCGGGAGGAGGACUGCAAUGCCGAUGCCGAACUGACCAUCGAUCAAAUGCUGGCCAAGUAUGCCAACGAGAAUUCUGAAGAUGACUCCGACUUUGUGCCCAAUGAGGAGGAGGAGGAGAGCAGCAGCAGUAACAGCAGCGGGGACAGCGAAUCCGAAUCCGGCUCCAGCGAAGGAAUAAGCAGCGGCGAGGCGGAUGAGGUUGUCAGCCAGGCCAAGCAGAAAUCAGCUGGAGCGGUGGUGGAAAACGGAGUGCACAAGGCCGAGGAGAAGGAAAAUGAUAAGGAAAAACUGAACGUAACGACAACCAGCAAUGGCAACAACGACAAGGAGCAGGCGGAAGUUGAUCAUCCAUCCAUUUGCAGGCCCGAAAAAGAAACCAAAAUUAGCCACCAAGCCACUUCUGCUGCCCAGCCGGAUGAGGAGUGGAAAUCUUCGCCAGGACACAUGAGCGCCGCCGUGAUGAACACCCGACUGUACAACAAUACCGCCGCUGCAGCCACCACUGAUCCAGAUCCCGAUUCAGAACCUGACACUCAGCCUGAACCCGAAAUCCCAUCCGAACCUCCAUCCCAGUCCCAACCCUCAACCGAAGAAACAGAUGACGAUGCAGAGGAUAGUUGCAGCACCAGUGGCAGUAGUCAAACCGGGAUCACUGUCUAUCAGGCCGAUGAAACCCAGCCAGAUACCCAAGCUGGACAGAUCCUCGAGGUUGCCGCCACGUUAACUGAUGCACAUCUAUCCAACUAUCCCACUGUUGACACCCUAACUCCUGCCACCUCCUCCGAAGACAUAUUCUAUAGCCCUAUCGGUUCACCCACUUGCUUUAAUACUAGCCUAGGAACCCAAGCUCUCCUCAAGAGGGCCAGCAUUCAAUCCGUCCUGGCCCACUCCACGCCCACGAGGGAGGUGAGAGAUCAACCCACUGAAGAGGCAAACCACUCGGUGCCUCAAACACCGGAGACCGGGAAAACUCAACCCCAAACACCCAAGGAAGUCCAUAAUCAAAAUCAGCAGCAAAAUCAACAGCAGCGCCAACGCAAUCAUCCCCACCAACGCUAUCGUGGACGCAAUCGGCGCUAGUCCUUUGAAGUAUAUCCAUGUCAUAUCUUUUGAAUUUCCUCCUAGCCAGCUAGCCAUUCUUCUAUUUUUUUUACAUUCCCAUAUUGUUAGUAAAUACUGCGAGUAAAUCUCUGAACUUAA